CAUGUGUCGUUGCCGCUGACACUGCAUGUGGAAUUCACCAAAUAUUUCCACAUAUUUUUUUCUGUUUUUGUUGCGUUCUUCUUUUUAACUUGUAUUCAAUUUGCGUUGAUUCGAUAACUGCAGUUAUUGGCAGCUCAAAUAAAAUUUACACGGCAUACAGGUCAAACGGUUAGAAUAACUGCACAGCAUGCAGUUUAACCGUUACUCUGCUUGCUGUUAUCUGACGCUGUUGCUUAGCGCAGCAGCAGCGAGCUCAGUCGCCGACGACAGCAGCGAGAGCGAGAGCAACAGUUUCAGCAAAUGGUACUGCGACUCGACAGAUCUCUGUCUGCCGGAAGGAGAGCUCCCGCCAAAAGGGGGCAGCACCCGAGCACAGCAACUAUUUGAAAGUCAGCGGGAUUGUCGACUGUCUUGUGGAAAAUAUGGUUCAAUUUGGCCAAUGCCCACCGGGGACUGCAGCCUGUCGCAUGAUCGUGUGCACUUUGAUCCCUGGAAGGUGCGUUUCAAUGUCGUGGCGCCCAAUCCCGUGACGACACAGUUUCUGCGCGAGACCAAUCGCCUGUUUGUGAGUAACCUGUUGAAGGAGUGCACGAGGAACUGCACGCUGACCAGCAGCAAGGAGGUGCUGGUGAAGGCGACGGUCAAUGAUAGCAGUCUGCUCCUGGACUGGACCACAGAUGAGAGCUACAUGAUGGUGGUGCGCACCACGGACACCGCAAGCUUUGUGGACAUCAAGGCCUCGACGGUUUAUGGAGCACGACACGCCUUUGAGACGCUCAGUAACCUGGUCACGGGCAGUCUCUCCAAUGGCUUGCUCCUUGUGAGUGCGGCAAGGAUCCAUGACAGUCCGGUGUAUCCUCAUCGCGGCCUGCUGCUGGACACGGCACGCAACUUUGUCCCAUUGCGUUAUAUUCGGAGCACUCUCGACGCCAUGGCGGCAUCCAAGUUGAAUGUAUUGCACUGGCAUGUGGUGGACACACACAGUUUCCCGCUGGAAAUCACACGUGUGCCGGAGAUGCAACGCUAUGGAGCGUACUCCACAGGCCAGACCUAUUCCCGCUCGGAUGCAGUUAACCUGGUGAAGUAUGCACGUCUGCGUGGCAUACGAAUUAUCCUGGAGAUCGAUGGUCCCUCGCAUGCGGGCAACGGUUGGCAGUGGGGACCCUCGGCGGGAUUGGGCAACAUGUCCGUUUGCCUGAAUCGCACUCCGUGGCGCAGUUUUUGCGUCCAGCCGCCGUGUGGUCAACUAAAUCCCCUCAACGAUCACAUGUACCGCGUACUCAAGGAGAUACUCGAGGAUGUCGCCGAGCUGGGUGCUCCCGAGGAGACCAUACACAUGGGCGGCGAUGAGGUAUACGUUCCCUGUUGGAACCACACCGAGGAGAUCACAAGUGAGAUGAAGAGCCGUGGCUACGAUCUCAGCGAGGCAAGCUUUCUCCGCCUUUGGUCACAGUUCCAUCAGCGCAAUGUGGAGGCCUGGGAUGAAAUCACCCGACGCAUGUAUCCCAACAUGAAAGAUCAAAAGCCGGUGAUCAUCUGGUCGAGUCGUCUAACCGAUCCUCAGCACAUUGAGCAGCUGCUGCCCAAGGAGCGCUUUAUCAUCCAGACCUGGGUCGGUGCUCAAGAUUCGCUCAAUCGGGACUUGUUGCAACGCGGCUACCGUUUGUUAAUCUCCACCAAGGAUGCCUGGUAUCUAGAUCAUGGUUUCUGGGGGAGCACCAACUAUUACAGCUGGCGCAAGGUCUACGACAAUGUGUUGCCCAUUGCUCGAGGUGGAGGUCAGGUGCGUCAGGUGCUUGGCGGCGAGGUGUGCAUGUGGAGCGAGUAUGUCGAUCAGAACUCACUGGAGCCUCGCAUCUGGCCAAGAGCUGGCGCCGCUGCCGAGCGUCUGUGGUCUAAUCCCAAGUCGGCAGCGUAUUUGGCUCAGCGGCGUUUCUAUCGAUAUCGGGAGCGUCUCAUUGCCCGUGGCAUUCAUCCGGAUGCUGUGAUACCCCAUUGGUGUGUGCUGCACGAGGGACAAUGUCUUUAAAGGAUUACCCCAUGCCUUAUUGUAUUUCUUUUUUAUCUGAUUAUAAACACACUUACAUA